AUGAACCUGGCGGAAGGAAUCACGGUGAGACAAGAACAGGAGUCAGAACUGGAUGAUUUCCGUGAGUUCUUCCCAGACUUCCUGUGGCUGUUACGUGACGUGUCUCUGAAGAUGGUGGAUGAGAGCGGCAGAGAAAUGGAUCCCACCGAGUACCUGAAGACUAAGGUCCUUAGGCGUAAUUAUACGGCUAUGAGGGAGUCAACCAGCGACACAGUCGGACAAGCCAUACUCACAUUCUUCCCAUCCGUGGAGUGUGCUAAAUUGGAGCGACCCUCUGACGACCCCCAGAUUAUGAACGACAUAGCUCAGCACACAGACAAACUGAACCCAGGAUUUAACAAGGGUGUUGACGAGCUCAUGAAGAAGCUGUUGGAGAAGGCACGUGCAAAGAGAGGGUACGACAAGGCCUCAGCCGUUAGUGGUGUGGCUCUCAGCAUCAUGGCUAAAGAGUAUGUGGAGGCGGUCAAUGACCCCAACUCCAUCCCUGCCCUGGACAACACAUGGAAGAUCACCAUACAGCUGAUGCAGAACAAAGCGAUUGAGGAGGCGGUCCAGGAGUAUAACAAGCUGAUGCAGGCUGGGGUUGCUGGAGCCCGGAAGACUGAGAAUGGAGAAGUUCCAUUGGAGGAAUAUGAAGCAUUGGGGGGACAUGAAGAUACAGAAGGUGAAAGGAACAUCCCGAGACAGCCUUCCCUCAUGGAACUCCACAAUGCGUCGUUCAGAGAAGCCACAGUCACUCUUCUAAAGAAGGUUGGCCAUUUUGGUAUCAACUCAGAGAAUCAGGGUACUGAUGAGAGCAACUCUGUGGUGGACCAAAUGCAAAAUCGACUGGUUCAAAGAGCGGAGCGAACGGUCGAUUAUAUGGAAAAAGACGGCAAACCUUAUCAGCAGAAGGGGCUCGUCGUUACUGGCGGGGAGCUUUUCAAGUACAUCCAGCAGAACAAGGAAAACUCCAGGGUCUUCUGCCAGGAAACUUUCCAACGCUUGUUUGACCCAAUCAGAAAACACGUAGAGACACCCCCUCCUGAUUAUGACUUCAAACAGUUGCUGGAAGAGCUGGACCAUGCACGUCAGAAGUACAAGGAGCAGGCACGUGGUCCAGAGAAGUGGGCUGUCUUGAAGUAG